AUAACCAAUAUGCCUGGUCAGACCUCUUGCAGACCAUUAGAGAACACACGAGGACGUUUCAACGACAACUAGAUCAGCUAGGUAUCAAAGAUGUACUCGAAGAGUGCGAGGAAUCUAUCAAGGAUCCACUUACAAACUAUUCCAUUACCCUCAAAGAGUUGAUUGCCGAGAUAUGCGUUGAUUCUGGUCUCGAUGAAUCCAAGUUUGACAAAGGUCUGACUUGGAAAGUACUGGUCCAGCGCAUCGGCACUACAAAGCUGGAAGCGGACACGAUCAACGGAUACAAGCAACGCCUGACGGACGCAAGGAACGAGUUGAUGCGUGCUCUGAUGCUCUAUGUUACCGUCUCUGUUAGAGAUACGGCGGAGCGGGACAUAUUGAAGGAACUCCAGUCUAAACAACGCCAACGUCCGCAGGAAUGCCAGCUGGGUACACGUGCGGAAAUAUUGGCCGAAUGCGAAGCCUGGUCCAAAAACCCAGACGCUCCCAACGUCCUGUGGAUCAAAGCUGCACCAGGAGCGGGCAAGUCGACUAUUGCGUCCACCUUGGUGACUAGGCUCGGUAUCAAAACGACGCGUCUAGGAUCAAGCUUCUUCUUCAGUCGGCAGGAGACUGCGACUACGACUACUAGCACAUUAUGGCAAGGCAUUGCGUAUGACCUCGCGCGACAUCCUACCAUUCGCAAAUACCUCGCAGAUAAAAUGAAGAAGGAGAAGAUUGACUUGACGACACCAAACGUGGACAUUCUUUUCAAGCAAUUGGUUGAAGUACCGUUGUCCAAAAUCGGCAACCUCUCACAGGACCAAUCACCUGUGGUCAUCAUUGAUGCAUUGGACGAAUGUGGUGGGCUGGCCGGCACACGAUCGAUCGAAUUUCGACGACUUUUGCAAACCCUCACUGCCUGGUCUCGUCUUCCAAUCAGUUGCAAGUUGAUCGUCACCAGUCGUGAGGAGGACGACAUAGCGAGAAUGUUCGCUCUCAACCCUCCAUAUACCAUCGACCUACUCGCUACACAGGAGACAGUCAGCCAGUCCAAGCGAGACAUUCAGGCAUUCCUGACUGAGGAGCUUAGGAAGGUUGCUAGCAAGUAUACCAUUCGAUCCGUCGAAUGGCCUCAAACAACGACUAUCGAAGCCUUGGCAAUCAAAGCUAAUGGGCUAUUCAUCUGGGCCUCGACGGUGAUAGAGUAUCUCCGUGCUGGCAUGGAUUCACUCUACACUACAGUCCUCCAAACCGCGUUUCCCAAUCCGAGGCCAACUCUGAUGGAGGACAUAAGAACAAUUCUGGGCGGACUGGCUGUCGCCAAAGAGACUUUAGACAUGAAAACGUUAACGAAUCUCCUCGCAAUGGAUCCUUGGACGGUCGAACACAUCUGUGGCGCACUACGACCGGUGCUGGAAUUCGACGGAGGACUUCGGUUCCGCCACCAGUCAUUUGUCGACUUUUUUUUAAACCCAAAUACGACAUAUUUGGUCCCUGGAAUCACGACAGACACCUCCCACCGGAUUCUUGCAGGCCAAUGUCUACGGAUAAUGAAGGAGAGGCUACGAUUCAAUAUCUGCGAGAUCUCGUCAUCCUAUUUGCUCAAUCAGGACAUUUUGAGUGGACUGUCAUCUAUUGAGACCUACAUUCCCCGCCAUUUACAGUAUGCGUCGCGGUAUUGGGUGGAUCAUUUGAAUCUUCCAAGUGAGGAAACGAUCACCCUCGUUCGAUAUGUUCUCAAGAUUCACUUCCUUUCGUGGCUUGAGGUCGCAAAGGACAUGCGCCAGUUCACGGUGCACUUCAUUGAGGUGAUCUCACAAAGCGUGGCGGGCAUCUACCUGUCGGCUUUACCAUUAUCGCCUGCGGUUUCGAAGGUGCAUCAACAAUACAGAUAUCAAUACCCCAACACAUUAUUCGUCCACUCAGGUGGAUAUCAACGGUGGUCACCACUCCUUUUCAUACUCCGCGGGCAUACCGGGAGUGUGAAUGCAGUUGCGUUCUCUCCAGAUGGGCGGCGCGUUGUCUCUGGAUCUGAUGACCGAACGGUGCGUCUGUGGGAUGUAGAAACGGGCGCACAGAUUGGAUCCCCGCUUGAAGGACAUACAGAUUAUGUCCGCUCGGUUGCAUUCUCGCCAGACGGCCAGCGCAUUGUCUCUGGAUCUGAUGACCGAACGGUGCGUCUGUGGGAUGUAGAAACGGGCGCACAGAUUGGAUCCCCGCUUGAAGGACAUACACAUUAUGUCCGCUCGGUUGCAUUCUCGCCAGACGGCCAGCGCAUUGUCUCUGGAUCUGAUGACCGAACGGUGCGUCUGUGGGAUGUAGAAACGGGCGCACAGAUUGGAUCCCCGCUUGAAGGACAUACACAUUAUGUCCGCUCGGUUGCAUUCUCGCCAGACGGCCAGCGCAUUGUCUCUGGAUCUGAUGACCGAACGGUGCGUCUGUGGGAUGUAGAAACGGGCGCACAGAUCGGAUCCCCGCUUGAAGGACAUACAGGCUCGGUUAAUUCGGUUGCAUUCUCGCCAGACGGCCAGCGCAUUGUCUCUGGAUCUUCUGACCGAACGGUGCGUCUGUGGGAUGUAGAAACGGGCGCACAGAUUGGAUCCCCGCUUGAAGGACAUACAGGCUGGAAACGGGCGCACAGAUUGGAUCCCCGCUUGAAGGACAUACAGGCUGCGGUUAUGUCGGUUGCAUUCUCGCCAGACGGCCAGCGCAUUGUCUCUGGAUCUUCUGACCGAACGGUGCGUCUGUGGGAUGUAGAAACGGGCGCACAGAUUGGAUCCCCGCUUGAAGGACAUACAGAUUCUGUCCGCUCGGUUGCAUUCUCGCCAGACGGCCAGCGCAUUGUCUCUGGAUCUGAUGACCGAACGGUGCGUCUGUGGGAUGUAGAAACGGGCGCACAGAUUGGAUCCCCGCUUGAAGGACAUACAGAUUAUGUCUGGUCGGUUGCAUUCUCGCCAGACGGCCAGCGCAUUGUCUCUGGAUCUUCUGACCGAACGGACAUACAUUAUGUCCACUCGGUUGCAUUCUCGCCAGACGGCCAGCGCAUUGUCUCUGGAUCUUCUGACCGAACGGUGCGUCUGUGGGAUGUAGAAACGGGCGCACAGAUCGGAUCCCCGCUUGAAGGACAUACAGGUGUCUGGUCGGUUGCAUUCUCGCCAGACGGCCAGCGCAUUGUCUCUGGAUCUUCUGACCAAACGGUGCGUCUGUGGGAUGUAGAAACGGGCGCACAGAUUGGAUCCCCGCUUGAAGGACAUACAGAUUAUGUCUGGUCGGUUGCAUUCUCGCCAGACGGCCAGCGCAUUGUCUCUGGAUCUUCUGACCGAACGGUGCGUCUGUGGGAUGUAGAAACGGGCGCACAGAUUGGAUCCCCGCUUGAAGGACAUACAGGCUGGGUUAUGUCGGUUGCAUUCUCGCGAGACGGCCAGCGCAUUGUCUCUGGAUCUUCUGACCGAACGGUGCGUCUGUGGGAUGUAGAAACCGGCGCACAGGUUGGGUCGCCGCUCGAGGGACACACGACUCCGGUUCACUCAGCCACAUUCUCGCCAGAUGGCCAGCACAUUGCUUCCGGAUCUGAAGACCGAACUAUACGCAUAACGAAUACCAGCGCCACAGAAGAUAGUGUACAUUCACUUCUAAAUCAGUACUGCCGUGUGGGCGACGAUGGAUGGUUAUUUGGUCCAUCUAGCCAGCGACUCUUUUGGGUACCGCCUCCGUUUCGUGCUGGGAUCGAGCGGCCAGGAGUUGGCAUCAUAGGUCAAGUCCAGAGGCUGGGUGUCGAUACAACUCAAUUUGUGCACGGAGAAGAAUGGACACGGGUGAAGGAAGGUGGAAAGAUACCUGAAGAUAUCUGA